AUGUCCGACGCCCGCGCGCUCCUCCAAGCCCGCCGCAAGGAAUCCGCCGCGCGCGUGUCGCACCCGUAUGCCACGUACACCGCCGCGGGGCAGCUCCGGUGCGUCGUGUGCGGGACCGCCGUGCGCGGCGCGUGGGAGGGGCACAUCGGGAGCAAGGCGCACCGCGUCAACGCCGUGAGGGCGCGGGAGGAGGCGGCGAAGAAGCGGCGCAUGGAAGAAGAGGAGGCGAGCGCGGCGAAGAAGCGGAGGGUCGCUGAGGAGCGUGAAGAGGAGGAGGAGGAGGAGGAGGGUGAUGAGGAGGAGGGUGGGAGGCAGGAGCGAAGGGAGGAGGAGGAGGAGGGUGGGGAGGAGGGCGCGAAGCCUGGCGGUUUUCCGGCCGAUUUCUUCUCGGACCCCACGCGCGCGCCGCCUGUGCGCGAUGCCGACGAGGACGAGAUCAUGGAGGACACUCAAGCCGCCGGCGGCGACUCCGCGUCCGCACCACCACCACCAGCGACAACAACACCAGCAGAAGCAGGGACAGCACUCGACGCGGAGUGGGCUGCGUUCGAGCGCACCGUGCUCGCCGCGCCCGCCGCAGAGGUGACAGACGACGACCGGCGCGCGGCGUUCGCGCGCGCGACCGUCUUCGCGGAGCCCGCACCCGCGGCGCCAAACGAGGGCAUGCCCGCCCAAAGUGGUGCGGCGGAUGGUACGGCGGCGGCGACAGCAGCGGCGUCGGAAGCGAAGGAGGAGACGCAGGAGGAGCGGAGGCAGCGCAUCGAGCGGGAGGAGCGGGAGCUGAUCAUGGACCGCAUGGUCGAGGAGGAGCGCGCGCAGGAAGAGGCGGACGAGCGGGUGAGCGCGCUCAAGGGGAGACUGGAGAUGCUGAAGAAGAGGCGCGAGGCGACCAAGGCAAAAAAGAUUGAUCGGACGUUAGUAGGUUGA